AAUCCAUGUGAGAUGUUACAUAAGGGUAAGCCACAGAGAAUUAAUUCCCCUUACACAAGUGCCCACCAAACGUCAACCCAUAGAUUCACAUCUGAUCAUAUCUUUCUAGCUUCUCCUUUAUCAAUUUGAUUUCAGCGCUUCGAACUUCAACUCCAUCGCCAGGCUCAAAGACUUGGUACCACUCCCGGGUUUAAUCGAUGACGAAAGAUAGAAAUAUAGGGUUUGCGGUGGAAUUCUCGAAGGGAAGCAAGACUGCUCUGAAAUGGGGUAUUCAGAAUCUGAGUGACAAAGGUGACACCUUGUAUGUCAUCCAUGUCAAGCCGGAACAAGGCAGUGAGAGCCGCAGCCUUCUUUGGUCUACCACCGGAUCACCUCUUAUUCCGUUUGCCGAGUUCCGUCAAAAGGACGUUAUGGAGAACUACGAAGUUGAGCUUGAUCCAGAGGUCUUGGACUUCCUUGACACUGCUAUCAAGGAAAAACACGUGACGGUUGUAGCUAAGCUUUACUGGGGAGAUGCAAGAGACAGACUUUGUGAAGCAGUCGAAGACUUGAAGCUCGACUGCUUGGUCGUCGGCAGCAGAGGACUGGGCACCAUCCAAAGGGUGCUACUGGGAAGUGUAUCAAGCCACGUUAUGGCGAAUGCAAAUUGCCCCGUUACCAUUGUCAAGGAUCAGAAAGCUUAAUUACGGUGUUUAGCUGAAAAUUCUGAGUGACAAACCUUGCUAAAAUUUGAGCUAUGAUAUUGAUUUCUUCCGAGGAAACAAAUAAUUUUUGUGGGUGCAUGCUUAUUUGUCUGUCGUUUGAUAUGUACGUAUCAGUGAACAAUUCAUGAUUUCAGCUUCAAUUUUAUUUUCCUUCAUUAA